AUGUUAAUAAACUUCCUAUUAUUUCUCUAUAUAUUUGAAAUUUGUCAAUGUUUACAACGUCCAAUUGUUAUUGCACAUCGUGGUACAGCAUAUUUACCUGAACUUACAUUAGCUUCUCAAUCGAUGGCUCAUGCUUAUGGUGCUGAUAUUAUCGAAAUUGAUGUAUGUCUUAGUCGAGAUAAUCAAUUAAUUGUCAUUCAUGAUAUCUAUCUAGAUGGAGUAACUAAUGUUAGUGAUAUUUUUCCCAAUCGAAAUCGUUCAGAUGUUCUUAAUUAUGUUAUUGAUUUUAAUCUUUAUGAAUUGCUACGUUUUUAUCUUUCAACACUUAAUGAAACAAUUGAAUUAUUAUUUGGUCUUAAUCGUGCAACAGGUCGACAACGUCAAUUACUUAUUGAAAUAAAAAAACCUGAAUAUCAUUCAAAAUAUAAUAAAUCAAUAUCAUCUAUUGUACUUGCUACAUUAAAUGCUUAUAAUUUAACACGAUCAAGUGAUCCAAUUAUUGUUCAAACAUUUUAUAUUGAAGAACUGAUGUAUAUUCGUAAAAAUCUUGGCAGUCAAUUGCGUUUACUUGCUUUAAUGACAUGGAAUUACAUUCAAGAAUCAUCAAGUGAUUAUAAUUUUUAUCGAAGUGAAGAAGGUAUACGAAAUCUAUCAAAAAUUAUUCAAGGUUUAGCACCUAAUCAUCAAUUAGUUGUUAAUUAUGAUCCAAAUGGUGCAAUCAUUGGUACUACUAAUCUAACAAAAUGGGCUCAUCAAUAUAAUUUUAGUGUUUAUCCAUUUACAUUUCGACAAGAUCUAUUUUCUAGUAAUAGUUUUGAAGAACUUGUGAAAUAUUUUUGGCAUACAGUACAAGUGGAUGGUUUUAUAACUGAUCAUCCAGAUGUAAUUCUUUAA